AUGAGAUUUUAUGGUGUGUUGAAUGGAGACUGUGGCCUGCACCAUGUGUGUGAGCAGACCACUUGCACCUCUCACUACGUGGUGCUUCUCGGUGAGUCAGAGCAUCAGCAUGAUAACCUGCAGCAAUCUCUGAAUCAUUCAGAAGUGCUGGAUCAUGAGAGAAGUAUCAUUGGUCUGAACCUGCUGGAAACGCCAUUUUAGGAAUGCUAUGCAACAAAAGAAAUCAGGUUAGAAAAAGAGAUUAGUCAAAUAUGACAUGACAGUACUUUAUAAAAAAAUUAAACAUCAUCCCUAUAUUGUCCUUAAUGAAUUCCCAGUGAAUGUAUAGCUUAAAUUCUGUUUAUUCUUAAAGUGACACGCUAGUCACCUGGACAACUACAGCUUUUUGUAUUUGUUCUGGUGACAUUUCUUCAAGGAGCCCUUCAGGCUUUUUGCAGCAAACUCCAUCUUUUUAGAGAAAAGGCAGUGCUUACAGUAUAGCCUAGGAAUACCUCUACUGGCCACUCCUCAGAUGGUUACUAGAUGUGCUUCCUGGGGCAGUGCAGCACAGUGUGACUGACAUUCCGUUUCUCCCUCCUUUGCAAAGAGACACUGAACUUGUCAUGUAUGUCAUUAUAACAAAGCUCUGUGCCAGAGGUUCAUUUUCCAAUAAGGUCUUUCCAGCUUUUCAUCCUUGAAAGACCUAUAAAAUGAAUAACAUUAAGUUGGUUAAAAAUAACAUUUACAACCUAAAAGGUAUCUGAGGACUGGUGACAAGAUAAAUGUACAAUUUCUUGCUAAAUACUUUGACACUUGUAGUUUUAUUAACAAGUAGUGAGGCUGCAGUAGUUAUGCCCAUUAAACCUCACUAAGUAUCCCACAACACUUACCUUAUUGUAGAAUGGUCUGUAUGAGCACAGAACUUACAUUAUUGUAGAAUGAUCUGUAUGAGCACAGAACUUACAUUAUUGUAGAAUGGUCAUUAGCGCAGAGCUAAAAACAAAGGCCUAAAAGCAAACAUAUGUAACUUUUAUAAUAUUAUCACUAAACUUCAAAUUGUAGCAAAUCUGAAUUGCAGAAUUUAGGCAAACAGUUAAUUUAAGAAAUAUUUCAACUCAUAGCUGUAAUUCUAGUUUAGGUAUUUCAGCCUAGCGUAAACUCCCUAAUCUGAAUAUUUGAGGGCUAUUUUGCUAGCACAAUAAAUAGAUUGAUUCUAAUAAUUUAUUGGACCUUGUCUUGAAAUGUUCAGGUGUAUUAACAGGUUAGAGAACAUUUUAAAGUAAGAUUGUUGGGAGAAGCAUUGUGGAAUAUAAGGACGAUCAAAGUGAAGACUUAAAGGGACACUAUAGUCACCAGAACAACUACAGCUUAUUGUAUUUGUUCGGGUGAGUAGAAUCAUUCAUUCCAAAAUCAUUCAUUUUUUUGCAGUAAACAUGGUCUUUUCAGAGAAAAUGCAAUGUUUAUAUUACAGCCUAGGGAACCCCCUGCUGGCAAAUCCUCAGAUGGUUACUAGAGGUGCUUCCUGGGACAGUGCUGCACAGUAGACAUGUGCACCAGUGAAAUAUUUGUUUCGUAUGAAUGAUUUCAUACUAAAUAAAAAAUUUCAUUUGUCAAUCCCGAAUUCGUCCACAAACCAUUCGUUUUCGAACGAAAUUCAUUAAAAAAUAAAUUGUUUUCAUCCGUUAGAACAAAAACAGCACUGUGCAUAGGCACAAAAACAAAACAAAAGAGGGAACCGGCAGCGCUACCAGCUCCCUCCUCCCUACUUGUUAUAAAUAAAUAACUAUUCCUACCCCCGUCCUGCAUUAAAACCUAUUGGGGUCACUAUGACCCCUAUAUUAAUAAAAGGGAGGUUAAAUCCACCUGCAUGCACAUGUUGCCUAAACAGUGAGCAGUCAGUGGCUGCUCGCUGUCAUUUAACUAGUGACUGGGCAGCUAGUUAAUGUCCCCCCCAUUAUUUAAUUUAUUAGGGUCCCCACCCACUGCCCAUGGGUGAGGACCUGGGGGGGACAUUAGGUCCCCCGAUUAUAUAAUAGCACCCCACCUGGGUCACGGGUAGGUGUGCAGGGGGGCACUAUGUCCCCCCCAUUUGAGUUAUGUGUUUUUCCCACCAAGGGGGAACAGGGGGACCUGUGCCAGGUCCUCCUUUAUUUCACUUGCGACUGGGCAGUAAUAGCUGUCCAGUCACCAGUAAUUUUAAAUGACAGCAAGCAGCCACUGGCUGCUCACUGUUUAGGCGACAUGCCCCUGUUGGCAGCAUACCGCAAGUAGGGGCAUGCAGGAGGAUUUAAUCUCCCUUUUAUCAAUAUGGGGGUCAUAGUGACCCCCAUAGGUUUUAAUGCAGGGAGGAGGGUUAUUUAUUACAUAGAGGGAGCUGGUAGCCACGCCCCAGCUGCAGUUAGAAUACACCCUCGUGUGCGCGCGGGGAGACAGGGGACCUCCCUACACCAUGCAACCUGGGUGAGCUUCUGCAGUUAGGGAACACACUGUAAAAGUGGGAGAGACAGGGGACCCUUACACCAUAACCUUAUAGCUGUGAAAGCCAGGAAAUACACUGUGUGAGAAAGGGGGACCCUCCCCUACACCAACCUGGGCCGUGUGCUAUAAUACACCAAAAGUGGCACAGGGGACCUCCUUACACCAUAACCUUAUAGCUGCAGUUAUAAUACACUGUGUGCAGGGAGACAGGGGACCUCCUUACACCAUAACAUUAUAGCUGCAGUUAUAAUACACUGUGUGCGGGGAGACAGGGGACCUCCUUACACCAUAACCUUAUAGCCGCAGUUGGAGUAUCGUAUACCGUGUGCCGUGGUUGGUGGGACCCUCCUUACACCAUGCAAUCUUAUAGCUGUAAGCUAUGGGUCACACUGUGUGCGGCAUUGGGGACCCUUACACCAUAAAUCUUAUAGCUGCAGUUAUAAUACACUGUGUGCUGGGAGACAGGGGACUCUUACACCAUAACCUUAUAGCUGCAGUUAUAAUACACUGUGUGCGGGGAGACAGGGGGCCUCCUUACACCGUAACCUUAUAGCUGCAGUUAUAAUACACUGCGUGCGGGGAGACAGGGGACCUCCUUACACCAUAACCUUAUAGCUGCAGUUAUAAUACACUGUGUGCGGAGAGACAGGGGACCUCCUUACACCAUAACCUUUAUAGCUGCAGUUAUAAUACACUGUGUGCGGGGAGACAGGCGACCUCCUUACACCAUAGCCUAAUAGCUGUAGUUAUAAUACACUGUGUGUGGGCAGACAGGGGACCUUCUUACACCAUAACCUUAUAGCUGCAGUUAUAAUACACUGUGUGCGGGGAGACAGGGGACCUCCUUACACCAUAACCUUAUAGCUGCAGUUAUAAUACACUGUGUGCGGGGAGACAGGGGACCUCCUUACACCAUAACCUUAUAGCUGCAGUUAUAAUACACUGUGUGCAGGGAGACAGGGGACCUCCUUACACCAUAACCUUAUAGCUGCAGUUAUAAUACACUGUGUGCGGGGAGACAGGGGACCUCCUUACACCAUAACCUUAUAGCUGCAGUUAUAAUACACUGUGUGCGGGGAGACAGGGGACCUCCUUACACCAUAACCUUAUAGCUGCAGUUAUAAUACACUGUGUGCGGGGAGACAGGGGACCUCCUUACACCAUAACCUUAUAGCUGCAGUUAUAAUACACUGUGUGCGGGGAGACAGGGGACCUCCUUACACCAUAACCUUAUAGCUGCAGUUAUAAUACACUGUGUGCGGGGAGACAGGGGACCUCCUUACACCAUAACCUUAUAGCUGCAGUUAUAAUACACUGUGUGCGGGGAGACAGGGGACCUCCUUACACCAUAACCUUAUAGCUGCAGUUAUAAUACACUGUGUGCGGGGAGACAGGUGACCUCCUUACACCAUAACCUUAUAGCUGCAGUUAUAAUACACUGUGUGCGGGGAGACAGGGGACCUCCUUACACCAUAACCUUAUAGCUGCAGUUAUAAUACACUGUGUGCGGGGCGACAGGAGACCUCCUUAAACCAUAACCUUAUAGUUGCAGUUAUAAUACACUGUGUGCGGGGAGACAGGGGGCCUCCUUACACCAUAACCUUAUAGCUGCAGUUAUAAUACACUGUGUGCGGGGCGACAGGAGACCUCCUUAAACCAUAACCUUAUAGUUGCAGUUAUAAUACACUGUGUGCGGGGAGACAGGGGACCUCCUUACACCAUAACCUUAUAGUUGCAGUUAUAAUACACUGUGUGGGGAGACAGGGGACCUCCGUACCUUAUUAUACAGAGGAAAAGACACAGAAGCGAUGCAAUGUGUGCCUUGGCUGUGCCAGGGCUGAGCUGGAUUGUGAGUGUGUUCUAUUCUACAACAUACAGAUAUUUACCUAUAUCUAUAACAUCUAACACCAGAAAUGUUGAUUGUCUUUGUUCGUUUUACAUAUAUCCCUCGGAUGAGUAUAUCACACAGUAGGCAGCCUAUGCAUUCCAAAUGUUAUGGACUAUAUCUCCCAUGAUGCUUUGCUUGCAGUAAGAGUAUUAUGGGGACUGUACAUUAAUACACAAUAUAUUUGUAUUGUUUAGGUUUACAUAGUAUCAUGUCCAGUGUAUACCUAUUAACUGUUUGUUGUUGUUCUAAUGUUAAAUAUUAACUUUACCAUUUUAUUAUAAUAUUGCACUUAUCUUGUGUUUUUGCACACAGCACUUUAUUUAGAAGUUUUACACGACUUUGUAUUUAUUUGUAUUAUAGGAGAUGCAGUACACAAUAUCCGCAGUGCUGAAGCUUGCGUACUCCUGGAGUAUGUGAUACAUAAGCUUUGAAAAAUAGUGAAACAAGUUUUAAAAAAAGGUUAAUGCAUGUUAUAAGUGAUUUUCAAUGUUUUAUUUUCAAUGAGGUUAUUUCUAACGAAGGUACAGUUCCCUUCGCUGAACAGAUAUUGCUUUUUGGCGAGGAGAGAGAAGUUCAGAUUGUGAGUUUGUCCGACUCAGGGAUCUACGUGGAGAGAUCACCAGAUAGACCAAGUGUUUUAUUCUGAUUGCAUCCAGCUAUCACCAUUACUCUAAGAGCCGGCGUCCACCAAGUCCUCCCAGAAGCCAUACUGCCCCCUUCUGAUAGUCUGGUUUUUGAUUUUGUGAUGAUGGGAGCUUUCAAAAUGGAGUCCGUCACGCUACCCCAAUACAUAUUGGCUGAGAGUUCUGCAGGGUUUCUUCCAUGGUCACACAAGGUCUGGUAUGUAACCCAUUAUUUAAACCCGCUGCUUUCCCCCGCUCGUUACUGUUGGGCACAUUGCGUUUAUUUAUGGCGACACAGAACGAGACACAUUAAACGCCCUUUCACCCAUCCAUAGCACAAAAAGCAGGUCAGAGAUCAGCCAGUUGACUGUUCCUCAAAGACACUAGCGUACAUUUUUCUCACCUUGUUCUGCGUGUGAUUUCUCCAUGACGUCAGUCGGCAGUGUACUCGUUUUUAGGCUGAGUUUUGCAUUUUUUUUCUUGCCAGUAUAAUGAGUUGUGGUUUGCAGUUUACUUCCUGCUCAUGCUAGAACAUUGCAAUUAAAACCAGGCUGGAUGUCUUGAUUCCUCCGAGACUGGGUAUGCAGGCAUCGAUUGGUGACAAAUGGACCUUAAUAUUACCAAACCAACAGGAUCAGACUAUCCGCAAGGUAGGUAUUCUGCAACUAAUCAGAUGUAUGAAAUAAUCGAGCAUCUUAGGGUUUACUCAGUAAAACUAACCAGCAGAUUGCAGUGAUUAGACAGAAAUUGCUGAAUUAAAACACAUUCUCCAUGUAUGAAGUGACCCUGUGCUAGGGCAGCUUAGAAAAAUAAAGUGGCAAUGCUGGUGGCUCUGGCAAAGCCCUCAAACCUCAGACCAUCAAUGAAUCUAUGUCUGAUACAUUAAAUUCAGCUGAUCAGUGGGAACAAUUAUGGAAAAUCAAUUCUGCAAGAAUGCAUUAAAAAUUACUACAUUUCCCAAGAGCCUUUGGCCUUAAGAGACCUAAUAAUACAAUGUGACAGAUUAGGCGAAUUUGUGCCAUAGCAGGCAAUAGUGUACAAAGGAGCUUGCAAUCUAAUGAUCUAAAGGGUGACCCACUCUAGGAAGCUGUAAUCCGGUAUAAUAAUGGGAUAAACGCAUUCAAUGUAUCAAUAAAUUGCAUAACCCUACUCAACAAAAGCUUACAUUACAGCAAAAUAGACGACAAAGCUGAGAUCUGAGCAGAAGAGCUUGUAAUUUAAUGUUAUUAUUAAAUCUGUCCAGAAGAGUUUACAAUCUAUGGUUAUGAUGAGAUCAAUCCAGCAGAGCUUACAAUCUAGUGUUAUAUUUGGUCAGAAGAGCUUACCAAAUAUAACAUAUGGUUAUGAUAUCUGGUCAGAAGAGCUUACAAUCUAUGGUUUUGAUGAGAUCCAUCCAGCAGAGUUUACAAUCUAGUGUUAUAUUUGGUCAGAAGAGCUUACAAUCUAUGGUUAUGAUAUCAGGUCAGAAGAGCUUACAAUCUAUGGUUAUGAUGAUAUCCAUCCAGCAGAGCUUACAAUCUAGUGUUAUAUUUGGUCAGAAGAGCUUACAAUCUAUGGUUAUGAUAUCUGGUCAGAAGAGCUUACAAUCUAUGGUUAUGAUGAGAUCCAUCCAGCAGAGCUUACAAUCUAUGGUUAUGAUGAGAUCCAUCCAGCAGAGCUUACAAUCUAUGGUUAUGAUGAGAUCCAUCCAGCAGAGCUUACAAUCUAUGGUUAUGAUGAGAUCCAUCCAGCAGAGCUUACGAUCUACAAUCUAGUGUUUUCAAGCAUUGUAGGUUAAGACCCUGUGAGCCAUGGUAUACCUGCAGUGAAGCACAGAGGAUUCCCCAAUAUUAUUGUGAGUGGGAUGUACACCUACAGAUUUCCAUAAUUAAAAUGAACCUUUUUACCAGAGUAGCACAGCUCUGUGGCAGAGUUAGCAUGGUGGUGAGGCAGGAGAGCCCUGUGUGAGUGGGAUGUCUGACAGAAUAAUGAGUGAUUUAUGUGUGAAUUAAUAAGUGAGAAAUGUGUUUAAUUUUACCCAGUCAGCAUUACAUCAAAUUAAUGAGGGUGGAACGGAAAGAAACACACCGUAGAAUGUGAUAGAAUUGUGCAAAUAGUUGAAAAAUGUUAUUUUCAUACCACACAAAAAUAGAGGAGCAUAAUACCAAAUCCCAGAAUGGUACCUGGUACACGGUAACGUGGCACUUACUCAUAGACGAUCUGUUGUAGUUUUCAUAGUUUACUUUAACUACUUCGUUAUUUUUUUAAUCAGAACACAACAAUCGUUCUGAAAAUGUGAAAAUAUUCCUAUUGCAGACUUGUGAUCUCUCUUCUUUUAUAGUCUUACAUCUUUUUAUCCACUUUGUCUUGUAGAGUUCCCAACGGUUUUCUUCACAACUUUCAAAGCCAUGUCUAUAGAGAGUGACGAUGUCCCACCCUCUAGCCAGCCUAGCCAUUCUGAAGAGGCUACCAAGGAGGCCGGUGCUGGACCUCUGGUAAAUAUAUCAUUAUUUAAUAUCACUAUGCUGUUUUCUUUAAUGUCUUUCAUGUUGUUUGUGAUGAAAUGCCAGCAUUAUAAACACUGCAGAUCAGUCUAGUGGUUAUGAUUCAAAGAGGCUUUGGGUGGAGUUCCUGUGUGAGCAUGUUUUGGCCACAAACAAGGCUCACUCGUACUCAUUGACCACUUGCUCUUCAGCUACCAUGAUGAUAUGAACACUAUACUUCCUCAUUAUGAACCAAUUAUAUCCAAUGACAGGCUGAGGGGACCAGUGCCUCAGCUCUUCAUUGCCUUUCAUGGAGGGCCAUCUGAUGGUCACCUGGUGGAAGCAGGGGAUGAAUGGCGUGGGUGACAACUGAGAAUAGCGGAGAUGUUCACUAGGAUUUAAGGGGGCAGAGGGACAGUUGCUGUAAUAACCCAGGGAGGACUUUAUUACCAAUGGGAUUAGCAUUUUGAUCCUAUCUGGUGUUAACAAUAGGCAGGAAAUAAAAGACCAGGAAACAGGUUUAAUGAAUGUAACAUGGAGGCAGUCAUGCUGUUAGACAGAACGUGGUGUUAUCUAAAAUUGGAAUCCGGUGUAGCACUGUGAAAGAUCCAAUGGCCAGCCUAGUACAUUGUGGUGGAGGACCACUGUCUCCAGAUAAAAACCGAAAUAGUAAAGAAUCCAAGGGCUCAACGGGAUAGGAACGUAACUGUAGGUUUAUUGGAAACUGAACAAAAAAAUAAAAAUACAAAGUUUCGGCACAAAGCUUUAAUCGUGAUAUUGUUGUGUUCCUGUUUCGUGCCUACACUCCUGAGCCGACGGAUUCUUUACUAUUGUUAUCUAAUUAGCAAUAGAUCGGACUUGUAUUAGCGCAGUAGCAGCCUAUGUAGCAGUCAGGGCGGGACACCCGUAUAAAGAUUUCACAAGAAGAAUGUCUACGUAGCAAGGAGAGAGUCCUCCAGCACACUCCGACUAGGCACAAGCGAUUAUUGCUAAUAAUCUAAUGUGAUAGGGAUUUCACAUGUUGUGGUAGAAUAAGAUGGAGAAAAUGGAGAAGGGCAGAUCGGGAAGAAGAGGGAAUUCACGUGCGAUAUCGAACAAUGCUAGAGAGAGGAAAAUGCAAUCACUGCAGAGGCUCAGGGGCCGAUUAGACACACACCAAGUCUGCCAGCCAACUGGAACUGGACGUAAAAGUGCCUAUUUACUUUCCAGGUUUUGGUUUUAAAUUAAUCAAGAUAUAGGGAGCAUAAGGAAAGGCAACAUUAGACGUGAGCUAAAGAAUUCCUGGCUGAUAGGUCUCGUGAGAUGAACGCAAGAUCAGCUGAACUAAAUAAUCGUCAUUGAGGAGACAGAGACAGGAAGAUCAGCGACUUGAUGGAGGUGCUGAAACAAUGGAGAAUGAAAGCCAACAGCUGAGGUCGGAUGUCGUGCCGCCAUUUCUCGGCCAUCUCCAGCAUGCUAUGAGUGCUGAUAAUGGACGCAAACUAUGCACAGAUUUAAACAAACACUUUAUUUUAGGAAUAGAAAAAUUGUAAUGGAUCACCUGGCACCCCGACUGGUACCUCCGUUGAAGGAUGAUCUUAGCGCUUCUUGAGGACCCCAAGCACUCUAGCAACCACCGCAGGCCGAACCUCUCUUCCUUCAAAGCGAAGCAGGAACAAGCCUUUACAAGAGUUUAGGAGUGAUAAAAGCAAGGGAAUAUGCAGAGUAUAGCAAUCCCUUGUAGCAGAUUCCCCCAAUUAGAGACAGGACUCCAAAUAGAGGGUGAAUUAGAACUGUAUAAAACUUAAAUUUACUUGGGACUAGCCCAUAUGGUCAUUACAUUGCCAUUGCUGUGAACACUCGAUAAAAUUACAAACAGUCAAAUCAUAGCAGGCAACAUACAGUGACUUAUUAUAACAUAAUUACAUAUUUAUAAAUGGGUGGGAAAGACCAUAAUUAACACAAAAUGUCUCUCCUGCAUGCAGAAUUAGCAAUAUGCAAAUCUACCCGAAUAUGCAAAUUACCAGUCUUGCUAUUCAGGUAGUGCAUAUUACUGUUGCUACCAACAGAGGGCACUACACAAGCUCCAUAGCCAAAUCCACCUAGUUGGUAGCAAUCCUCAGCAGUACAGGAGAGCAGGCAAUACAUCCCAGGGGCCAUAGUCACAUGGCAGGAGGCUGGCAAUCAGUCUUCUCCAAUGCCCAGUGGCGAGGCUGGUUCCGCCACAAAGAUUUAUUCCUAACACUAUAAUGUCCCUCUGCCCCCAGCUUCCCAGCAUCCAUGAAAUGGUUAAAAAAAACUUUUUUCACUUACCUGCUUCCAGCGUGGAUGUCCCUCUGCGCUGGGUCACUCUCCACUACCCAAUGCUUUUGUAUGGGGAUUUACUUGAAGCUGUAUGUCCUCAUGCAAUGCGUUAAACUCAGCAGGAAGCACCUGUCUGGUAACUCUGCAAUGUAAAGCAGUUUCUCUAAUACUGGAAUGUUUUAUAUUGUGGGACUUAGGAGAGAUGAAGGGGUCUGGGUGUCUAUAGUGUCCCUUUAACAUUACUCGGAGUGUCGCUGCUACAAGUGCAGCAAUGUGCUAUAUCUCUUAUUAGAAUGCUGCACAUACAGACUCUAUCACCACAAACACUUCCAAGUCACAGACGUGGUCAUGGUGCUUUGAGUAACCCUUUAACUUUGUGCUAUCAUUGACUAACUUCCCUGCUUACCAAUGGAGUAUGACUACGUCUUAUUGCAUUCUGGGGUUUUCAUUUACACCUUGCACUGACACCAUCAUAAGACUCAGCAUUACAUAUAUUAUUUAUUUAAAGGGACACUAUAGUCACUAGAGCAACUUUAGCUUAAAAGGACACUAUAGUUACCUGAACAACUUUAGCUUAAUGAAGCAGUUUUAGUGUAUAGAACAUGCCCCUGCAGCCUCACUGCUCAAUCCUCUGCCAUUUAGGAGUUAAAUCCCUUUGUUUAUGAACCCUAGUCACACCUCCCUGCAUGUGACUUGCACAGCCUUCUGUAACGGACCGUUUUGCACACAAGGGGUAAAAACCGUUUAGGCGAUCGGCCCCCUUUCAGAGAUACAGGCACAGCUACUGCAGAACACCAAACUCCCGAACUGGAUACAAAAUAGCACUCCAACUCCCGAACUGGAACCUCCCAAAUAGCUGCUAGCAGACGAACAGGAAAAGCAGACAAUCAGCUUACACUCCUGGCAAUCAGUCUCUAACAGCAUACAGUGAAUCCCCCCAAGAACGAGACAAGGCUCCGUGUUGAGGGUCAAGCAGUGGUCUGAGGUGCUGGCACACCCAGCCUGGUUUUUAUUACAGUCUUGCAAAUACAGGACCGCCCACAGGGAGGUAUAAAACAACCAAUCACAUCACAGUUACAUCCCACAUAUUCCCUCCCCUUAUCCUGAGAGGAAACUCAAUUAUACAUACAGUUAAAACAUACUUUCUACCCAACUUUCAUAACUCCAAAACCAUACAUCACAUUCACAUAAAAUUACAUAUUCACAAUCAAUCCAUUCAGGGGAACAACAUAUUCAAAAAUGGCACAAAUCAGACAAGGGGUUCAAAAGUUAGUAAAAAGUCCUUUGUGACUAAAUGAAGCAUGGCUUUCUGGCCCAAACCAGUUUCAGAGUCUUCUAUCCUGGAGAUAAGUAAUUCAAUUAUCUCCCAGGACAGACACAAGACUCCAUUAAGCACAUGGUUGCAAAAGACACAAAACACUUUAAAAUACAUAAAGUCACAUUUUACACAUAACACACAGACAUUUCACAUAUCCCCAGAUAGCUCAGGUCUGAGCGCACAUUAUUAAGUGAAUGGCGCUCGGACCACACAAAUACAGUUUAAUCGCCAUGGAGCCAAAGUCUUUACAGUCAGUUUCAUACGAAUGGGCUUCAUGGGAUUCCCAUCUGGGGUAUAUAACACAUUCAACCAAAACUUCACAAACCCCAGGCAGAAAAGCACGAAUGAAGCUUUUCUGCAGGGGAAAAGAAGGCUUUUAACAUGGGGCCAUAGUCCAAAGGCAACAGGCGAGCAACCAGGCUUCUCCAAUGCAAUGUGGCGAGAUUGGUCUCGUCACAUCUCUCCCCUUUUCCUAAUCGACUAACAGGGUAUCUGACCUCCUGCGGGUCAGUGCCCUUGUUAGUCCAGCAGCCCACCCACAACACACAAUCAGUAAUACAGCCCACCCACAAUAAAUGGUUACUACACCUGGGUAGAGGAGAACUUUGUCCAUGUCCAGGUGCCUCACCCGCUACGGCUUCCAAUGCUACAGAUGCGAAUACGCUUCUUGGUGGGUUGCUUGCUGCGUGGGCGAAGACCAGCGGCACUCUGCCCUGUUACUUAGCGCCGCUACUGGGAGGGUAGCCUGGUGGAAGCCUGGUUGUUGGAGGGGGAGACCGACUGUCUCCCCUUUAAAUACACAGCUCUGCUGCUGCUGCUGGAGACUGACUGUCUCCCCUUUAGAUGCACAGUCCUGCUGCUGGAGACCGACCGUCUCCCCUUUGGUUACCCAUCUCUGCUGCUGGAGGGGGAGACCGAUUGUCUCCUCUUUGGCUAAACAGCCCUGUCGCUGGGGGGCAGGACCGACCGUCCCUACCCCCUGUGCUGGCAGUGUAGAGACUACGGUCCCAUCUGCACGGUUGUGGGGCUUACUGUCUCCCCUUUGUACAUUAAGCUGCCGCUGGGGAGAGGGGUAACAAGCUCCUCUCCCAUACAUACUUCCAGCUGUGGGGGAGGGAGACCGACUGUCUCUGCUCCCAAUACAGAGUCCUGCUGCUGGGGAAAGGAGACUGGGCUCUCUAUUCCCAGUAGGACACUCUGCCGCUGGGGAAUGGAGACGGGGCUCCCAAUUCCCAAUGAUCUGUGCUGCCGCUGGGGGAUGGAGACUGGGCUCCCAAUUCCCAAAGCAUCAUUCUGCCGCUGGGGAAUGGAGACUGGGCUCCCAAUUCCCAAAAAAUCACGCUGCCGCUGGGGAGGGAGGACACUGCUCUCCUCUCCCUGGACUUCCCACUGCCUUCCCGGCAUAUCACUUGGCUGCUGGGGGGCAGGAACAACUACCUCUGCCCCCUGUAUCUCAGCCUGCCGCUGGGGAGGGAGGACGCUGUUCUCCUCUCCCUGCACUUUACACUGCCUUCCCGGCAUAUCACUCUGCUGCUGGGGGCAGGAACAACUACCUCUGCCCCCUGUAACUCAGCCUGCCGCUGGGGAAUGGAGCUCAGGCUCCCAAUUCCCUGCAAUAUCUCCCGCUGGGGAAUGGAGGUCGGGCUCCCAAUUCCCUGCAAUUUCUCCCGCUGGGGAAUGGAGCUCGGGCUCCCAAUUCCCUGCAAUUCAUUCUGCUGCUGGGGGACAGGAGCGACUAUCUCUGUCCCCUGUAACUCAGCCUGCAGCUGGGGAAUGGAGCUCAGGCUCCCAAUUCCCUGCAAUAUCUCCCGCUGGGGAAUGGAGACUGGGCUCCCAAUUCCCAAUAAAUCACACGGCCGCUGGGGAAUGGAGACUGGGCUCCCAAUUCCCUGCAGGACCGGUGGAGAGACCUUGGUCCCAUCUCCACCGGCCACCUGGGGUUCUUCCCAGUAACACUCCACAAUAUCUUCCCAGCUGAAUGGGUCUGGAUCUGGGUCUCCGCUUCCCUGCUGAGCCUUCUCACUGGAGUGGAACAGAUUUUGGUAACCCUGUUCCAGCUCCAUCUCUCGGGUCACCAGGUGGACCAGGUCUUGCUCAAUUUCGUGAGUGUCGUCCCAGUCAUACCUGCUCUCCCUCCACUCAAAGAGAUCACUGAACCGGACUUGUGUAGGGCUCCCAAACUCAGGCUCUGCAAAAGUCUCCCAUAACAAGCCAGGACCAUCAAACUCCUCUCCCUCUGGCUUGUCAUGCUCGGCUUUCCAGGGCAGGUAUUGUGCCCCAUACCACCAGAGUGCCUGGUAGGCAUCUUCUAGCCACAUCUCCUGCCAUACUAGGUGUUCCAAUUUCCUCACCCAUUCUUCCAGGGGCUGCUCUCCCAGGAAGGGCAUCCGCAGGGCUACUCGCUUCUGCAACCGCUGGUCUUCCUUGGGGAAUCUCUCGCCCCGCUGGUACUCCGCAAUACCCAGUGCCUGGUACCAGAUGCCUUUACGGACUGCAUCUUGGUCAUCCAUGGCACCCUCAUCAUACUCCACUGCUGGUUCCAUCUCGGUGCUGUCAGGGUCGCUGUACUGGGACAUGCGUUGCCCUCAAAUUGUAAAAAAUCCACGGAAUGGUGUCGCCUGUAGCUGUCCUGUAGUCUGUGGGAACGAUCCCGCCACUUGCCACCAAUUGUAACGGACCGUUUUGCACAAAAGGGGAAAAAACCACUUAGACGAUAAUCCCCCUUUUCAGAGACAGGCACAGCUACUGAAUAAGCACCAAAACUCACGAACCGCCAAGAAAUGAAUGCUCCAAACUCCCGAACGGCAUACAAGGGAAUAAGGUAGCACUUCAAAUAAACGAACAGGAACCAUACGAAUAGCUGCUAGCAGGCGAACAGGAAAAGCUUCCAAGCGGCUUACACUCCUGGCAAUCAGUCUCUAACAGCAUACAGUGAAUCCCCCCAAGAACGAGACAAGGCUCCGUGUUGAGGGUCAAGCAGUGGUCUGAGGUGCUGGCACACCCAGCCUGGUUUUUAUUACCGUCUUGCAAAUACAGGACCGCCCACAGGGAGGUAUAAAACAACCAAUCACAUCACAGUUACAUCCCACAUAUUCCCUCCCUUUAUCCUGAGAGGAAACUCAAUUACACAUACAGUUAAAACAUACUUUCUACCCAACUUUCAUAACUCUAAAACCAUACAUCACAUUCACAUAAAAUUACAUAUUCUCAAUCAAUCCAUUCAGGGGAACAACAUAUUCAAAAAUGGCACAAAUCAGACAAGGGGUUCAACAGUUAGUAAAAAGUCCUUUGUGACUAAAUGAAGCAUGGCUUUCUGGCCCAAACCAGAUUCAGAGUCUUCUAUCCUGGAGAUAAGUAAUUGAAUUAUCUCCCAGGACAGACACAAGACUCCAUUAAGCACAUGGUUGCAAAAAGACACAAAACACUUUAAAAUACAUAAAGUCACAUUUACACAUAAAACACAGACAUGUAACAUAUCCCCAGAUAGCUCAGGUCUGAGCGCACAUUAUUAAGUGAAUGGCGCUCAGACCACACAAAUACAAUUUAAUCACCAUGGAGCCAAAGUCUUUACAGUCAGUUUCAUAUGAAUGGGCUCCAUGGGAUUCCUAUCUGGGGUAUAACACAUUCAACCAAAACUACCAAACCCCAGGCAGAAAAGCACGAAUGAAGCUUUUCUGCAGGUAAAAAAGAUGUCUUUUAAAAGGGGCCAUAGUCCAAAGGCAGCAGGCGAGCAACCAGGCUUCUCCAAUGCAAUGUGGCGAGAUUGGUCUCGUCACACCUUCCAUAAACACUUCCUGUAAAGAGAGCCCUAUUUAGGCUUUCUUUAUUACAAGUUCUGUUUAAUUAAGAUUUUCUUAUCCCCUGCUAUGUUAAUAGCUUGCUAGACCCUGCAAGAGCCUCCUGUAUGUGAUUAAAGUUCAAUUUAGAGAUUGAGAUACAAUUAUUUAAGGUAAAUUACAUCUGUCUGAAAGUGAAACCAGUUUUUUUUUUCAUGCAGGCUCUGUCAAUCACAGCCAGGGGAGGUGUGGCCAGGGCUGCAUAAACAGAAACAAAGUGAUUUAACUCCUAAAUGACAGUGAAUUGAGCAGUGAAAUUGCAGGGGAAUGAUCUAUACACUAAAACUGUUUUAUUUAGCUAAAGAAAUUUAGGUGACUAUAGUGUUCCUUUAAUGAAGCAGUUUUGGUGUAUAGAUCAUCUCCCUGCAGUCUCACUGUUAAUUCUCUGCAAUUUAGGAGUUGAAUCAGUUUUGUUUCUGUUUAUCCAGCUCUAGUUACACCUCCCCUGGCUGUGAUUGACACAACCUGCAUGCAAACCAAAUGGUUUCAUUUUUGUGGCAUUACUUACCUCCACCGAGCCGCGGAGACCUCCUUCUGCUGCUCGGUCCGACCACUCCACGCAACUGCGCUGCUCACUGAGGGAGACUCGCCUCCCGCAAGCCGUGCAGAGCUCCUCCUGCUGCGACAUCUUGCCGAACUUCGCUCGAGUACAUCUCUAAAUAGAUGUGGACGUGAUGUCACGUCCACUCUUAAAGUGACCACGUCAUCAUUGCGAUCCUUAUCUGUCUUGGAGCGCAGUGAUAACGUGGAUUUAUCAGAACAUAGGUAAGCCUAUUUAAGGCUUGUUUUAGCCCCCAUUCAUUGCUCUAUCUGUUAGAUCAUCGUUUAGUGCUCCUAGAGAUUCCCUUGGGAAUUCUGGUAUCCUGACCUCAGCUUCGUAUUGACCUUGUGAUUUCUGGUAUCCUGACCCGGCUUCGUAUUGACUUUGUGAUUUCGGGUAUCCUGAUCUCGGCUUUGUCUUGACUUCGUGAUUUCUGGUAUUCUGAUCUCGGCUUUGUAUUGACUACGUGAUUUCUGGUAUCCUGACCUGGCUUCGUAUUGACUUUGUGAUUUUGGGUAUCCUGAUCUCGGCUUUGUCUUGACUUCGGGAUUUCUGGUAUUCUUACCCGGCUUCAUAUUGACUUUGUGAUUUCUGGUAUCCUGACCUCGACUUCGUAUUGACUUCGUGAUUUCUGGUAUCCUGAUCUCGGCUUCGUAUUGACUUCGUGAUUUCUGGUAUCCUGACCCAGCUUUAUUUUGACUUUGUGAUUUCUGGUAUCCUGAUCUUGGCUUCAUAUUGACUUUGUGAUUUCUGGUAUCCUGACCCGGCUUCGUAUUGACUUUGUGAUUUCUGGUAUCCUGAUCUCGGCUUCGUAUUGACUUUGUGAUUUAUGAUAUCCUGACCCGGCUUCGUAUUGACUUCAUGAUUUUGGAUAUCCUGAACCGGCUUUGUCUUGAUUUCGUGAUUUCUGGUAUCCUGAUCUCGGCUUCAUAUUGACUUUGUGAUUUCUGUCUUGACUCGUAAUUUCUGGUAUCCUGAACUCUGCUUCAUCUUUGACUCGUAAUUUCUGGUAUCCUGACACCGGCUUUGUCUUGACUCGUAAUUUCUGGUAUUCUGACCCGACUUUGAGUAUUUCUGUUAUUCUGUCCUUUAUUUAUCUUGACUCUGUUUCUUGUUGUAUUAAUACGUUAAGUCCACCAAUUCUAAGGCUCGGUAAUACAUCUUUCGGAUUCACCUUUUGUGGGUUUCCUCUUUCCUGCGUGUUGGGAUACGACUCCCAUGACAAUUGCUGCUCCCACCUAUCUAUCCUCCCUUAUACACAAGUAUGUACCGUCUAGGCCCUUACGAUCUGCCGAAGACUUACGUCUAUCUUCUGUCCGUACUCCCACCUCUGAUGCUCGCUUUCAAGACUUCUCGAGGGCUGCACCGUUCCUGUGGAACUCGCUUCCCUCCUCCGUUAGAUGCUCACCCAGUCUCCACUCAAAAAAUCGUUAAAAACCCACUUCUUCAUAAAAGCAUAUCAAUUAAACGGUUAAUAGCUCCUGACUGAUUCCUCUUCUGUAACUGUCACUAGUCUAAUACUGUCAUUUUACCCCACUCCCUCUAGCAUGUAAGCUCAUUGAGCAGGGCCCUCAACCCCUCUGUUCCUGUGUGUCCAACUUGUCUGGUUACAACUACAUGUCUGUUUGUCCACCCAUUGUAAAGCGCUGCGGAAUUUGAUGGCGCUAUAUAAAUAUCAUAAUAAUAAUAUGUUAACUUACUUUAAAAGUUUGUAUCUCCUAUUCUGUAAAUUGAACUAUAAUUACAUACAGGAGGCUUCUGUAGGGUCUAGCAAACUAUUAGCAGAGCAUGAGAUAAUAAGUUGAACAGACUAUGCAACAAAGGAAGUGUAAACAUUAGAUGACUCUUUACAGGAAGUGUUUAGGAAGGCUGUGCAAGUCACAUGCAGGGAGGUGUGACUAGGGUGUAUAAACAAAGUGAUUUAACUCCUAAAUGGCAGAGAAUUGAGCAGUGAGACUGCAGGGAUAUGAUCUAUAGACCAAAACUGCUUCAUUAAGCUAAAGUUGUUUUUGUGAUUCUAGUGUCUCUUAAAUUAUAUUUUACCAGGAGCCAUUUCUUGCAUGACUUUACACACAUUGUACAAUGUUUGCUUACAAUAUUUGCUUUGCCAGUCUUUCAUGUCUGGAUUGGCUUUCCAUCCCGAGUUGCGUUAUCUUAAUUCUAGCUGCAAGUUUAACUUGUUUACAUCCUGUCCUGUAUCUUCCAUCGAUAAAACUCUUCUUUACGAUACAUGUUGCAAUGAAUUCACACCUUUCAGUUGCUAUGCAAAACAUAAUAAGCUUGAAUUUUCUCUGCCUCUCGUAAUAUGCACAGUGGUUUUCUUUUCACUAAACAUAAAAGAAUUUCUUUCUAACUUACUGCUGUGAACGUAGGAAGCUUAACUGAUUUUCUUCUGAACAAAAAGUGUGCCAAAUGUUUGACUGUUUGGAGUUGAAACAGCAAAAAUUCUGCAGAAAAAUAUUUACAAACAUACAAAGUGUGUAACUUAUUUUCUGGAGUCUCUCUAAUUUGGGCUAUAGAAAUCGUGCGUUCAUUGCCAUAGUGAAUCCCAGGGCUCUAGAUAUUAAGUGGUAAAUUGCCCGAAGACAUGUUUUGAAAUGUAUUUUUCAGAUUUAAUGUUUCACCUGUUUGAUAUCUAUUUUAGUUAAAUAGCGGAGUAUUCACUUAAUAGUAAAUUGCAGCAAAUUGAAACUUAAGGAUAACAAUGUGGACUACAAGAAGCAAGCUGUGAUCGUACUGGAGAAUUGCUUCUAAAUCAGAUAUUUGUGCCUAAAUUAUGCACUUCAGCUUUUAAGUAACUAGGUCAGUGUUUAGCGAUUAGAGCUCAUUGUUUUAGGCCAGUGUUGUUUGAGGACUCCCAAGAGUCUCAGCCAGCCUUUCUGCUGUCUGCAGGAGAUGGUGUGUGCUGACACAAGAGAUUCCAUUGCUAAUUUGCUGUUCAUUUUUACUUAUUUACAUUUAUUAUAUAUUAUUUAUUUAUUGCUGCCAAGCGUGCCCGGACACCCUCGCAGGGUAAGUAUUCAAACCCUUUGCGAACGUUUUGUCAGUGUACCUGGAUGUGACGGUCACCCCUUCCUAUAGCACUGAGCUCCCGGGGACCUUCUUUAUCAGAGAAGAAAUGCAGAUAAGAGAUAAAUGAUUAAAAACUGAGGGGAGCGAGAAUAUCUUUAUAUAGAUCCAUAGAUAAAUCUAGACAUUGCUAGCAAUUCUACUGUCACAAUAUAAAUAUACAGAUUACAUUUUAUUCUUUAUCUUUAAAACUGUUUAAAAAGUUGUCUGUUCUGUGACAGCUCUGUUAAAUUUCCUCUUUAUGUGCCCAGUGUACUUGGAAAACUGAAAUGCAGAUUUUUUUUUUUUUAAUUUCCGCGUGAUAUUAUUUACAUUUAUUAAAUUAUUUACAGUGUUUACAUGUGUUAUGCAGUUUUGAUUGUAUUAAUAUUAUUACACUUUCCGUUCUAAUGUCAUGUUUUGUAUGUUUUGUUGCAAUUUGCUAAAAGUGGAGCAUUCAGUUGGUAUUCGUGGUAACUGCUCCUUACAGAAGUUUGCCCCAGAAUAGCCUUUUUAUUUUGCUGAUAUUUUUGACACUCUAAAUUUGGCAAAUAAAAAAAAAAAACACAAAUAGAAAAAGAAAACGCAACGUGUGCUCCAUAUGACAAACAUCCUUCUUUGAAGGGCUAGGUUAUAGUGUGUGUUUCCUCGCAGACUAACCACACAGCCCCUGCCUGCACCCUCCGCAAACACAUGUCUAAGAAACCAGCAAGGCAAUUGAAAGAGGAAACUCUGCACUGGUUCCAGAAUACUCAGAGGAGAAAGCUGAUCAUUAAUGGGGAAUAUCCAGACUGGUUUCACGGAUUCCUCACACGCAAGUAAGUGGCUUCACCAUGGGGGGAUUGUAGAAAAAACACACAACUCAUUUAGACUUAUUGUACAGCGCUGCGGUAUAGGUUUCUGCCUGAUAAAUAACCUGUGAGGAUCAUAAAAUUGUGUCAGACUUUGAGUUUAUCUCUGGCCAGCUAUUCUGUUCCUGUCACUAGUUUAUGAACACGAUUCCUCCAGUUAGUAUGUAAGGGUUAACUAAACACGCCACAAUGAUCUGACCUCAAAAUAUACAACUUGGCCCAGGGCAGGAAUUUCUCCAGAAUGCUUGUUUGCACUAUAAAUAUUAUAUACAUACAUGACUUGUUUUACCUAUUUGUCAUGUUUGUGUACAUUGUCACUUUGUCACCAUAAAAUGUCAGAUUGUUUGAAUUAUUUUUAACCUAUUUACCACAACUAUCACUAACUGGGGUUUAGUUACUGUAGCGGAGUAGUAGUAUUAUCCACGGUAUCUUCGCUGGCAGACAGAAUAAAGCAGGUACAAAGUAGACAAAAUGCAGGUAGCGUAGUUACAAUCCCUUCCUCCCAAGAACUAGACGACACAUAGCUUGGAGGUCAACUGAGGUUUUAAUCACAGGUCACAGUAUUUAUGCGAUUACAAAUGUAAGGGGUUUCCCAAGUCACAUUACAGGGUUUGUCCAGUAGGGGACUACAUGGGGGACUGAGUUUACAGACAGAUUACCCAUCAUACACUUGCGCUUGUGUUGCCGAGUAGCAGAAUUUAGUUCCAGGCACUCGACGACAAAGCCCCGCUGGCUCUCCGAGAACAAAGAUGGCCGCCACCACGUGUUCGUUACACGAACGGCGGCCACCCGCAACAUACAUUACUUAGCACGGAUACACUGUUGCAAAAUACCUAAUUGGAGACACACGACCUGCUGGGGGGUGGUCUCCCAUUCAAUACUUUGCUUGUUCCACGAACAGUGCGGUGAUUCACUGUUCAUGGAUAACCAAGCUGAAUACUAGCGGUAUUCGUGUGCUGUAACACAUGAAUGCUUCAUAUAUUGAUCUUUUAUUCGGGGAAACAAACAAUAGGGGCAAUAGCAUAAAAUAUACAGUUACACUCUGUAAGUGGCUAGAUUUUCCAUAGUCACUAACCUCUAGAAACAUAUAGAAUGUGACGGCAGAUAAGAACCAUGCGGCCCAUCUAGUCUGCCCAAUUUUCUAAAUACUUUCAUUAGUCCCUAGCCUUAUCUUAUAGUUAGGAUAGCCUUAUGCCUAUCCCACGCAUGCUUAAACUCCUUUACUGUGUUAACCUCUACCACUUCAGCUGGAAGGCUAUUCCAUGCAUCCACUACCCUCUCAGUAAAGUAAUACUUCCUGAUAUUAUUUUUAAACCUUUGUCCCUCUAAUUUAAGACUAUGUCCUCUUGUUGUGGUAGUUUUUCUUCUUUUAAAUAUAGUCUCCUCCUUUACUGUGUUGAUUCCCUUUAUGUAUUUAAAUGUUUCUAUCAUAUCCCCCCUGUCUCGUCUUUCCUCCAAGCUAUACAUGUUAAGAUCCUUUAACCUUUCCUGGUAAGUUUUAUCCUGCAAUCCAUGAACCAGUUUAGUAGCCCUUCUCUGAACCCUCUCUAAGGUAUCAAUAUCCUUCUGAAGAUACGGUCUCCAGUACUGUGUACAAUACUCCAAGUGAGGUCUCACCAGUGUUCUGUACAAUGGCAUGAGCACUUCCCUCUUUCUACUGCUAAUACCUCUCCCUAUACAACCAAGCAUUCUGCUAGCAUUUCCUGCUGCUCUAUUACAUUGUCUGCCUACUUUUAAGUCAUCAGAAAUAAUCACCCCUAAAUCCCUUUCUUCAGAUGUUGAAGUUAGGACUCUAUCAAAUAUUAUGUACCCUGCCCUUGGGUUUUUACGUCCAAGAUGCAUUAAAUGUCAGUUGCCAGUUCUAAUUUACCUAAAUCAUUUGCCAUUUGGCUUAUCCUUCCUGGAACAUCAACCCUGUUACAUAUCUUAGUAUCAUCAGCAAAAAGACAUACCUUACCAUCAAGACCUUCUGCAAUAUCGCUAAUAAAAAUAUUAAAGAGAAUGGGUCCAAGUACAGAUCCCUGAGGUACCCCAUGCUUCCCUGAGGUACCCCAUGCUUCCAAUAUACUCCAUUGACUACAACCCUCUGUUGCCUGUCACUCAGCCACUGCCUUACCCAUUCAACAAUAUUGGAAUCCAAACUUAAAGAUUGCAGUUUAGUGAUAAGCCUUCUAUGUGCAACAGUGUCAAAAGCCUUACUGAAAUCUAGGUAAGCAAUGUCUACUGCACCACCCUGAUCUAUAAUUUUAGUUACCCAAUCAAAAAAAAUCAAUAAGAUUAGUUUGGUAUGAUCUCCCUGAAGUAAACCCAUGUUGUCUCUGAUCUUGAAAUCCAUGUGUUUUUAGAUGUUCAACAAUCCUAUCCUUUAACAUGGUUUCCAUUACUUUCCCCACUACUGAAGUAAGGCUUACUGGCCUAUAGUUGCCCGACUUCUCCCUAUUAAAUUUCUUGUAAAUGGGCACAGCAUUCGCUAACUUCCAAUCUUCUGGGACUACUCCUGUUAACAAUGAUUGGUUAAAUAAAUCUGUUAAUGGUUUUGCUAGUACACCACUAAGCUUGUGGCAAACCUAGCCACUUAAGACUGUAUGUAUGUGUAAGGGUUGUCUUGCAGACUGCAGGGAUAUGGCUGUAUUGCUUUAUUUUAUGUUCCGCUUUACAUGUGUUAGAGAGCAUUCGUAUGCUAGCGGCACGAAAGCCGCUAGCAUUCACAUGGUAGUUUCACGAACAGUGAAUUUCACCACUGUUCGUUAAACGAACAAACUACCGAAUGGGAGACCACACAAGGGGGUCGUGUGUCUCCCAUUAAAAAUUGCAACAAUGUAUCCGCAGCCUGUUAAUGUAUGUCCCGGGUGGCAGCCGUUCGUAUGCCGAACACGUGGCAGCGGCCAUCUUUGCUCACGAAAGCCCAGCAGUGUUUGGUCAUCAAGUGCCUGGAACUAAAAUCAGCUACUCGACUUCACGAACACCGCUGGACUUCUAGACCGUUUGGAUGGAUUAUUCUUUCGGCAUAUUAAAGCUACCAGUAUAUUUUCACAUUACAAGGUCUGUUCGUCUGAAACCGUAAUUCGAAUCGCUUUCGUUUAAUAAUGCAGGGAUCUGAGCGGUAUUUCACCAGAUGGUGCGCUCAGACCCCAGUUAUUCACUGAGGGGUCAUUCGGGCUUAAAUCUAACACAUAUUUUACAAAUUAAGUAUUUUUGUGUAAACUAUUAUUUUUUGCUGUACUGAGAGAUAAUCCAAUUAACAUUAUAUUCUUGGGUGAUUAUCUCUCCAGUACAGCAGGGCACACUGGGAAAUAACCUUGAUUAAAACCCCUGCAAUACCAAUCUGAAAACCCCUUGCAUGGGGAACUGUUCCCCAGUAAUUGGGGUUUAGUCACUAACCUACCACUGCUGUCAAUAACCUACCAGUGCUAUCCUUAAUAGGAUUUAGUCACUAACCUACCAGUGCUAUCAUUAAUAGGAUUUAGUCACUAACCUACCAGUGCUAUCACUUAUAGGAUUUAGUUAGUAACCUACCAGUGCUAUCACUAAUAGAAUUUAGUUACUAACCAACCAGUGCUAUCAUUAAUAAGAUUUAGUCACUAACCUACCAGUUCUAUCAUUAAUAGGAUUUAGUUACUAACCUACUAGUGCCAUCACUAAUAGGAUUUAGUUACUAACCUACCAGUGCUAUCAUUAAUAGGCUGAACUUGAUGGACGCAAGUCUCUUUUCAGCUAUGUACUAAUAGGAUUUAGUUAUUAACCUACCAGUGCUAUCAUUAAUAGAAUUUAGUUACUAACCUACCAGUACUAUCACUAAUAGGAUUUAGUUACUAACCUACCAGUGCUAUCAUUAAUUCGAUUUAGUCACUAACCUACCAGUGCUAUCAUUAAUAGGAUCUAGUUCAUAAACCGGACUUUACAUAGGACACGAGGCCAUGCGUUUAGACUGGAAGAAAGAAGAUUUCGCCUAAGGCAAAGGAAAGGUUUUUUUACUGUAAGAACAAUCAGGAUGUGGAAUUCUCUGCCUGAGGAAGUGGUUUCAUCAGAGUCCAUACAGAUGUUCAAACGGCUACUAGAUGCAUACUUGCAAGAACAGAAUAUUCAAGGAUAUAAUCUUUCAAUGUAGGGUAAUAACUGCUUGAUCCAAGGAUAAAUCUGACUGCCAUUCUGUGGUCAAGAAGGAAUUUUUUUCCUAGCUUGUUGCAAAAUUGUGCUUCAAACUGGGUUUUUUUGCCUUCUUUUGGAUCAACAGCAAAAAACAAAUGUGAGGAAGGCUGAACUUGAUGGACGCAAGUCUCUUUUCAGCUAUGUAACUAUGUAACUAUGUAACUAGUUACUAACCUACCAGUGCUAACAUUAAUAGGAUUUAGUUACUAACCUACCAGUGCUAUCAUUAAUAGGAUUUAGUUACUAACCUACCAGUGUUAUCAUUAAUAGGAUUUAGUUACUAACCAACCCGUGCUAUCAUUAAUAGGAUUUAGUUACUAACCAACCCAUGCUAUCAUUAAUAGGAUUUAGUUACUAACCUACCAGUGCUAUCAUUAAUAGGAUUUAGUUACUAACCUACCAGUGCUAUCAUUCAUAGGAUUUAGUUACUAACCUACCAGCGCUAUCAUUAGUAGGAUUUAGUUACUAACCAACCCGUGCUAUCAUUAAUAGGAUUUAGUUACUAACCUACCAGUGCUAUCAUUAAUAGGAUUUAGUUACUAACCUGCCAGUGCUAUCAUUAAUAGGAAUUAUUUACUAACUUACCAGUGCUAUCAUUAAUAGGAUUUAGUUACUAACCAACCCGUGCUAUCAUUAAUAGGAUUUAGUUACUAACCAACCCAUGCUAUCAUUAAUAGGAUUUAGUUACUAACCUACCAGUGCUAUCAUUAAUAGGAUUUAGUUACUAACCUACCAGUGCUAUCAUUCAUAGGAUUUAGUUACUAACCAAACCGUGCUAUCAUUAAUAGGAUUUAGUUACUAACCUACCAGUGCUAUCAUGAAUAGGAUUUAGUUACUAACCUGCCAGUGCUAUCAUUAAUAGGAAUUAUUUACUAACUUACCAGUGCUAUCAUUAAUAGGAUUUAUUUACUAACCUACCAGUGCUGUCAUUAAUAGGAUUUAGUUACUAACCUACCAGUGCUAUCAUUAAUAGAAUUUAGUUACUAACCUACCAGUGCUAUCACUAAUAGGAUUUAGUUACUAACCUACCAGUGCUAUCAUUAAUACGAUUUAGUCACUAACCUACCAGUGCUAUCAUUAAUAGGAUUUAGUUACUAACCUACCAGUGCUAACAUUAAUAGGAUUUAGUUACUAACCUACCAGUGCUAUCAUUAAUAGGAUUUAGUUACUAACCUACCAGUGUUAUCAUUAAUAGGAUUUAGUUACUAACCUACCAGUGUUAUCAUUAAUAGGAUUUAGUUACUAACCUACCAGUGUUAUCAUUAAUAGGAUUUAGUUACUAACCAACCCGUGCUAUCAUUAAUAGGAUUUAGUUACUAACCAACCCAUGCUAUCAUUAAUAGGAUUUAGUUACUAACCUACCAGUGCUAUCAUUAAUAGGAUUUAGUUACUAACCUACCAGUGCUAUCAUUAAUAGGAUUUAGUUACUAACCAACCCAUGCUAUCAUUAAUAGGAUUUAGUUACUAACCUACCAGUGCUAUCAUUAAUAGGAUUUAGUUACUAACCUACCAGUGCUAUCAUUCAUAGGAUUUAGUUACUAACCUACCAGCGCUAUCAUUAGUAGGAUUUAGUUACUAACCAAACCGUGCUAUCAUUAAUAGGAUUUAGUUACUAACCUACCAGUGCUAUCAUUAAUAGGAUUUAGUUACUAACCUGCCAGUGCUAUCAUUAAUAGGAAUUAUUUACUAACCUACCAGUGCUAUCAUUAAUAGGAUUUAUUUAGUAACCUACCAGUGCUGUCAUUAAUAGGAUUUAGUUACUAACCUACCAGUGCUAUCAUUAAAAUGAUUUAGUCACUAACCUACCAGUACUAUCAUUAAUAGGAUUUAGUUACUAACCUACCAGUGCUAUCAUUAAUAGGAUUUAGUUACUAACCUACCAGCGCUAUCACUAAUAGGAUUUAGUUACUAACCUACCAGUGCUAUCAUUAAUAGGAUUUAGUUACUAACAUACCAGUGCUAUCAUUAAUAGGAUUUAGUCACUAACCUACCAGUGCUAUCACUAAUAGGAUUUAGUUACUAACCUACCAGUGCUAUCAUUAGUAGGAUUUAGUUACUAACCAAACCGUGCUAUCAUUAAUAGGAUUUAGUUACUAACCUACCAGUGCUAUCAUUAAUAGGAUUUAGUUACUAACCUGCCAGUGCUAUCAUUAAUAGGAAUUAUUUACUAACCUACCAGUGCUAUCAUUAAUAGGAUUUAUUUACUAACCUACCAGUGCUGUCAUUAAUAGGAUUUAGUUACUAACCUACCAGUGCUAUCAUUAAAAUGAUUUAGUCACUAACCUACCAGUACUAUCAUUAAUAGGAUUUAGUUACUAACCUACCAGUGCUAUCAUUAAUAGGAUUUAGUUACUAACCUACCAGUGCUAUCAUUAAUAGGAUUUAGUCACUAACCUACCAGUGCUAUCAUUAAAAUGAUUUAGUCACUAACCUACCAGUACUAUCAUUAAUAGGAUUUAGUUACUAACCUACCAGUGCUAUCAUUAAUAGGAUUUAGUUACUAACCUACCAGUGCUAUCAUUAAUAGGAUUUAGUCACUAACCUACCAGUGCUAUCAUUAAUAGGAUUUAGUCACUAACCUACCAGUGCUAUCAUUAAUAGGAUUUAGUUACUAACCUACCAGUGCUAUCAUUAAUAGGAUUUAGUUACUAACCUACCAGUGCUAUCAUUAAUAGGAUUUAGUUACUAACCAACCAGCGCUAUCAUUAAUAGGAUUUAGUUACUAACCUACCAGCGCUAUCACUAAUAGGAUUUAGUUACUAACCUACCAGUGCUAUCAUUAAUAGGAUUUAGUUACUAACCUACCAGUGCUAUCAUUAAUAGGAUUUAGUUACUAACAUACCAGUGCUAUCAUUAUUAAGAUUUAGUCACUAUCCAACCCGUGCUAUCAUUAAUAGGAUUUAGUUACUAACCUACCCGUGCUAUCAUUAAUAAGAUUUAGUCACUAACCAACCAGUGCUAUCAUUAAUAGGAUUUAGUUACUAACCUACCAGUGCUAUCAUUAAUAGGAUUUAGUCACUAACCUACCAGUGCUAUCAUUAAUAGGAUUUAGUUACUAACCAACCCGUGCUAUUAUUAAUAGGAUUUAGUUACUAACCUACCCGUGCUAGCAUUAAUAGGAUUUAGUUACUAACCUACCAGUGUUAUCAUUAAUAGGAUUUAGUUACUAACCUACCCAUGCUAUCAUUAAUAGGAUUUAGUUACUAACCUACCCGUGCAAUCAUUAAUAGGAUUUAGUUACUAACCUACCUGUGCUGUCAUUAAUAGGAUUUAGUCACUAACCAACCAGUGUUAUCAUUAAUAGGAUUUAGUCACUAACCAACAAAUUUUAGUGAAUAAAAACCUGAAUUGUAUAAUUUUAGCUGGGUACAGCGUAAGUUGGGGAAUAUUUCCAAAUCGGCUAUUGUCUAAAUUUUGCCAUUUCAUUUUGCUACAAUACACAAUGCAGUGGAAUGUACAGUGUCUUGGUUACAGCUGUGCUAGCAUUCUGACAUUGAGUGCCCUACUCAUUUCAGUGCUGGUCUGUCCCUUUUGUAGCAGUGAAGGUUCUGGUACAGAGUCUAAGCCUUCGCUCCUGACACUGGGGGUGUUUAAACUACCACAGGUUGUUGAUGGCUGUUGGGGCUCCUGGCUGUUACCAACCCUAACGAAUAAACAGCUAAUUAUUUAAUAUUGUGCCUGCUGGGAUUUCAGCUGGUCCAGCAAUUUCUGCCCAAGUUGGGAAACCCAUUAUGAAUCAUUAAAAUGUUACUUUUAAAUAGGAAGUGUUCAACUGUAUAAUAGAGCUUCAUGUACAUUGGACGCUAUUCUGCAGAGUCAUUACUUUCCUUUAUUUAGAUAUCCGAUAUUAUUUUGGUUCCUUACAUUACAGCCACAUUCUGCUUGCUUUAUUUUAGACUAAAUUAACCAGAUAGGACACAGAGCAGAUAUAUAGUUAUAGCACUGACAAAGGAAACUGCUAACAAUAAUUAGAUCUCUUUUGAUAUCAGGCACUCGUUAGAGAUAGCCAUGCCUUACCCUUCUCGGACACACCAAAACAAAUGCAAGAUUUAUUCUCUGUCUGAUAAUAAAACCAGGAAAAGAAGCCUAUACAGUAAAGUAGUGCCUGUAUUUGGACAACAAUAAUAACACCCCAAAUCAGGUUUCAUAUGACACCAAAUCAGAUUUAAUACGACCCCAAAUCAGGUUUAGUAUCAUCCCAAAUCAGGUUUAAUAUGACCCGAAAUCAGAUUUAAUACUACCCCAAAUCAAAUUUAAUACGACCCCUGUAACGGGCCGUUUUGCACACAAGGGGUAAAAACCGUUUAGUAGAUCUUCCCCUUCCAUAGACACAGGCACAGCUACUGCAGAACACCAAUCCGCCGAACAGGAAACCAUACGAAUGCUGUAAACAGCCGAAUAGGAAAAAACAUACAAAUAGGUUUACACUCCUAGCAGUCAAACUGGAACAGAAUACAGUAAAUCCCCCCAAGAACAAGACAAAGCUCUAUGCUGAGGGUCAAGCAGUGAACAGACAGAGCUGUGGGUUUAUUGUGCUUAUGUACACAUUCUUACACAUAAGUACCACCCACAGGGUUUUGGAAAACAACCAAUAAACACAUACAAUACACUCAGACACUCCCACACAAAUUCCUCCCCUCUGCAUGUGAUUCAAUUACCUUACACAAUGGGUAAUGUAAUUUAGCACAAGCAGAGAAAUACAAUUUUUCCACAUUAUUCAUAACUUGAAAAGUAUGCAUCACAUUCACUUACAUUUUCAGAAUCAGCAUACUCCAAAUACAAACAUACGUCAAAAUCAUACAAAUUGGUCCAGUGGUUCAAAAGAUAGAUCGUAGUCCUUUGUGACCACAGGAAACAUGGCUUUUCUGCCCAAAACCAGUUCCACAGAGUCUUCUAUCCUGGAGAUAAUUAGAAGUAAUCCAAUUAUUUCCAAAGACAGAGGCAAAACUCCAUUGAACACAUGGCAGCAAAAAGACAGUAAAAUACAAUAAAAUACACAAUGUUACAUUUAUGACAUAAAAUACAGACAUGCAACAUAUGCCCAGAUAGCUUAGGUCUGAGCGCACAUUAUUACUGAAUGGCGCUCAGAGCACACACAUACAGUUCAAUUGCCAUGGAGCCAAAGUCUUUCCCAUAGUCUUUCAUUAUACGAAUUGGCUCCAUGGCAUAGCUCUGGGGUAUCACUGCUCAAACAGGGCAAGCACCAAAUGACCCGGCUUUCUUGUCUUUGCAGGGGAAAAUCAAGCCUUUUAACAUGGGGACAUAAUUCAAAGGCAACAGGCGAGCAACCAGGCUUCUCCAAUGCAAUGUGGCGAGAUUGCUCUCGUCACAUCUCUCCCCUUUUCCAAACAGACUAACAGGGUAUCUGACCUCCUGCCGGUCAGUGCCCUUGUUUGUCCAGCAGCCCACCCACAACACACAAACAGUAAUACAGCCCACCCACAAUAAAUGGUUACUUCACCUGACUCGGUCACUGUGUAUAGCUGGGUGUUUAGCUAAGUGUGAGAAGGUCGGUAGGUGCAGGCUGACUCGGUCACUGUGUAUAGCUUGGUGUUUAGCUAAGUGUGAGAAGGUUGGUAGGUGCAGGCUGACUUGGUCACUGGGUAUAGCUGGGUGUUUAGCUAAGUGUGAGAAGGUCGGUAGGUGCAGGCUGACUCGGUCACUGGGUAUAGCUGGGUGUUUAGCUAAGUGUGAGAAGGCCGGUAGGUGCAGGCUGACUCGGUCACUGUGUAUAGCUGGGUGUUUAGCUGAGUGUGAGAAGGUCGGUAGCUGCAGGCUGACUCGGUCACUGUGUAUAGCUGGGUGUUUAGCUAAGUGUGAGGUCAGUAGGUGCAGGCUGACUCGGUCACUGUGUAUAGCUGGGUGUUUAGCUAAGUGUGAGAAGGUCGGUAGGUGCGGGCUGACUCGGUCACUGUGUAUAGCUGGGUGUUUAACUAAGUAUGAGAAGGUCGGUAGGUGCGGGCUGACUCGGUCACUGUGUAUAGCUGGGUGUUUAGCUGAGUGUGAGAAGGUCGGUAGGUGCAGGCUGAUUCGGUCACUGGGUAUAGCUGGGUGUUUAGCUAAGUGUGAGAAGGUCGGUAGGUGCAGGCUGAUUCGGUCACUGUGUAUAGCUGGGUGUUUAGCUGAGUGUGAGAAGGUCGGUAGGUGCGGGCUGACUCGGUCACUGGGUAUAGCUGGGUGUUUAGCUAAGUGUGAGAAGGUCGGUAGGUGCAGGCUGAUUCGGUCACUGUGUAUAGCUGGGUGUUUAGCUAAGUGUGAGAAGGUUGGUUGGUGCAGGCUGACUCGGCUUUCUCACAGUUAAAACAGGAAACUGAUGCGGUUUCGGAAAAUUCUAAAAACAGCAUUGCUCUUAUAUUGAUAUAUAAAUUGCACAUAUACCCUGACUGACAGAGAAAAUGUUAUUUUAGUUACCGGCCAAGCAUUGAGGUCUGCUGAACUAGAAUGGUACUUCUGCAAACUGAUCACAUCUUCAUGGUGAUGAGCAGAUAAUAAAAAGUGCUGCUUUGUAGGAUAUAAGAGAGAGAACUGAAGGAACACUCCAUUGAAGUUUAACCAUUUAGUAGAUAUACCCCAAUUAAAGCGUACAUGUAUUUUAUUAUGCAUUGUGUUCAUUGGAGGUAUAUUGAAAACAGCUUGCAGAGCUGCAGAUCUCUUGUCUGCAGCCAUUGAAAGUCUUCUUCUCCAGCCUGUGCCAGGGAAUGCUCCAAUCAGAGGUUUGACGUUGAGUAUUGCCCAGUGCACGCCAGCGCAGUUCCAAUACUUCUCAACUAAUACAACUCACUAAGAAGCAGGGAGGCAGGUGUGCUCCAACUCUAUAGAGCUAACGGAAAUGGAAGAAAAUUCCUGGUUAUGAGUGACCGAUAGUGUGUGAGUGAGCGAUAGUGUGUGAGUGACUGUUAGUGUCUGAGUGACGGAUAGUGUGUGAGUGACUGUUAGUGUCUGAGUGACGGAUAGUGUGGGAGUGACUGUUUGUGACUCACUGACCGGAAGUGUCUGAGUUAGUGAUUGUGUCUCAGUGACGUAUAGUGACGUAGUGACUGUUCAUGUAUGAGUCACUGUUAGUGUCUGAGUGACUUUUAGUGUCUAAGUGACGGAUAGUGACUGAGUGACUGUUCAUGUAUGAGUGAAAGAUAGUGUCUGAGUGACUGUUAGUGUCUGAGUGACGGAUAGUGACUGAGUGACUGUUCAUGUAUGAGUGACCGGUUGUGUUUGAGUUUGUGUCAGUGUCUCAGUGACGUAUAGUGACUGAGUGAUGGAUAGUGUCUGAGUGACUGUUCUUUUGUGACUGACUACUAGUGUCUGAGUGACUGUUAGUGUCUGACUGACGGAUAGUGACUGAGUGACUGUUAGUGUCUGAGUGACAGAUAUUGACUGAGUGACUGUUCAUGUAUGAGUGACCGGUAGUGUUUGAGUUAGUGUCAGUGUCUCAGUGACAUAUAGUGACUGAGUGAUAGUUUCUGAGUGAUGGAUAGUGUCUGAGUGACUGUUCGUGUGUGAUUGACUGCUAUUGUCUGAGUGACUGAUAGUGACUGAGUGACUGAUGGUAUCUGAGUAGCUGUUACUGUCUGAGUAUAAAAGGGGUAAAAUGCGCUCAUUAUAGUAUUUAACAUAAGAUAAAUACAGUCUGCAGUAACCAUUUCAAGGAUUCCCAAGCCUUGUGGAUAGUUGAAGUAUGAAAAGGGUAAGGGAAACUGUGUCCAACGGUAUAUGUACAAAAUAAUUUUAUACGUACACAGGUCUUUAGGGUUGUAUACACAAUUGACCUCAAACAUAAAAGGACAAAAAAAUAAUAGUGCAGUACAGUAUGUACAGUGAGUAAGUAGUGGAUAAUCUUGUGUGGUUUCCACUCACAUUUUUUUGAGCUAACUCAGAGCUCUGCUGUAUUGCACAUGGACAGAACAAUCCCCGUCUAAGGGUGUAGAGUGGUAUGGACAUCACGGGUGCCUAAAAUAAGGUGCAGUAUACAGGACAUAUAUGGAGGUGAAUACAAAAAAUAAAUACUCCAGAUACUCCAAGUACUGGUGAAUAUCCAGAUGAAAUAAUAAAGUAAUGUACUUACAUUUACUAGAGCAGAACUUGCUCUGGUAUAAACAGCAUGAGUGGUUUAAUCCCCACCAAAGGAUGUGAUGGUACCAGGAAGCAAUGGAUGGAUCAAUAAAGAUAUAAAUAAAAUAAACUAUUUAUUAACCAUACAAAAACAAUAAAAGCAGUAUAAAAUAACUUUAAGGAGUCCCACUUUACCUGUUUCGCCUCUCCAAGGCUUCUUCGGAAGUGUGGUUAGGUCCUUAUGAAGUUUCGUUUAUAUAGGCAGUCGGUAAAUGAGGCUGGCUUUCUGGUGUGUUGGUUGAUUGAUUUCCUGUAACCACUCUGGAACGCACGCGUCAUACCGGAAGUGACACGGCGAUCUACCAAUAUGGUAUUUCUUGCGUUCCAUUUUAUAGGGUAAGUAGCCCUUCCCAUAAGGGAGUUAGAAUGUAUCAAAUUAGCCAGUCCCAUUUCUUUACAGACAGUUUACUUUGUCUGUUUCGUUUGGCCGUUAUUGUUCCUGAAUGGGCGCAACGUCAUACAACAUCUUGUAUGUUGUGAAUCUCGGAAAUGUCUUUCAAAAGGGAAAUGUAUGGGAAAGAGAAAAAAAGGGAAUAUGUCAAAGAUGGGGCAAAAAGGCAUAUAAUUGUAGUACUAAGUACAAUAUCUGGGUUAUAAAAUAUAGAAAAAAGGAAGAUGUAUAAUGUAUAUCCAUAUGAUUGGAAAAAAUAUUUGCAAAGGAAAAAUAUAUUUUUAAAUCUGUUUAAAAUCUAAUAUAGGAUGAAAGAAUUUGGGAUGAUGAUCAUGCGAAAAAAUAAUAAUUGAGCACUAAGAAUGUCAAUGUAUAAAUCUUAAAAUACAUUUAUUAAACAAAUAGAUAGGUAUAGUUUUAUAGUAGUGCUAAAAUGUCACAUGCCAUGUUACAUAAAACCAUAUUGGUGGAGUGGGAAAAAAAAACUGUAGCUGUUAGUGUCUGAGUGACUGAUAGUGUCUGAGUGACUGAUAUUGUCUGAGUGACUGAUAGUGUCUGAGUGACAGUGACUGAGUCUGAGUGACUGUUCGUGUCUGAGUGACUGAUAGUGUCUGACUGACAGAUAGUGUCUGAGUGACAGUGACUGAGUCUGAGUGACUGUUCGUGUCUGAUAGUGUCUGAGUGACAGAUAGUGUCUGAGUGACAGAUAGUGACUGAGUGACUGUUUGUGUCGGAGUGACUGAUAGUGUCUGACUGAUAGUGACUGUUAAUGUCUGAGUGACUGAUAGUGUCUGAGUGACUGAUAUUGUCUAAGUGACUGAUAGUGUCUGAGUGACAGUGUCUGAGUCUGAGUGACUGUUCGUGUCUGAGUGACAGAUAGUGUCGAGUGACAGAUAGCGACUGAGUGACUGUUUGUGUUGGAGUGACUGAUAGUGUCUGAGUGACUGAUAGUGACUGUUUGUGUCUGCGUGACUGUUUGUGUCUGCGUUACUGUUUGUGUCUGAGUGACAGAUAGUGACUGAGUGACAGACUGUUUGUGUCUGAGUGACUGAUAGUGUCUGAGUGACAGUGACUGAGUGACUGUGUCUGAGUGACUGUUCGUGUCUGAGUGACUGUUCGUGUCUGAGUGACAGAUAGUGUCUGAGUGACAGAUAGUGACUGAGUGACAGAUAGUGACUGAGUGACUGUUUGUGUCUGCGUGACAGAUAGUGACUGUUUGUGUCGGAGUGACUGAUAGUGUCUGAGUGACUGAUAGUGUCGGAGUGACUGAUAGUGUCGGAGUGACUGAUAGUGACUGAUAGUGUCUAAGUGACUGAUAGUGUCUGAGUGACAGUGACUGAGUGACAGUGACUGAGUGACUGUGUCUGAGUGACUGUUCGUGUCUGAGUGACUGAUAGUGUCUGAGUGACAGAUAGUGUCAGAGUGACAGAUAGUGACUGAGUGACUGUGUCGGAGUGACUGAUAGUGUCUGAGUGACUGAUAGUGUCUGAGUGACUGUUUGUGUCUGCGUGACUGUGACUGAGUGACUGAUAGUGUCGGAGUGACUGAUAGUGUCUGAGUGACAGAUAGUGUCUGAGUGACUGUGUCGGAGUGACUGUUUGUGUCGGAGUGACUGAUAGUGACUGAGUGACAGAUAGGGACUGAGUGACUGUGUCAGAGUGACUGUGUCGGAGUGACUGUUUGUGUCUGAGUGACAGAUAGUGACUGAGUGACAGAUAGUGACUGAGUGACUGUUUGUGUCGGUGUGACUGAUAGUGUCGGAGUGACUGAUAGUGACUAAUAUUGUCUGAGUGACUGAUAGUGACUAAUAGUGACUUAUAGUGUCUGAGUGACAGAUAGUGACUGAGUGACUGUUCGUGUCUGAGUGACUGAUUAUUAACUGUAUAAAAUAAACAUUAAAAAUCCUUGUCUGUGACGGUAUACAGCGUAUAUUCCAUGUUUGUGAUGGUAUACUGUGUAUAUUCCAUGUUUGUGAUGGUAUACUGUGUGUAUUCCAUGUCUGUGACGGUAUAUUGUGUAUAUUCCAUGUCUGUGACGGUAUACUGUGUAUAUUCCAUGUCUGUGACGGUAUAUUGUGUAUAUUCCAUGUUUGUGAUGGUAUACUGUGUAUAUUCCAUGUUUGUGAUGGUAUACUGUGUGUAUUCCAUGUCUGUGACGGUAUAUUGUGUAUAUUCCAUGUCUGUGACGGUAUACUGUGUAUAUUCCAUGUCUGUGACGGUAUAUUGUGUAUAUUCCAUGUUUGUGAUGGUAUACUGUGUAUAUUCCAUGUUUGUGAUGGUAUACUGUGUGUAUUCCAUGUCUGUGACGGUAUAUUGUGUAUAUUCCAUGUCUGUGACGGUAUACUGUGUAUAUUCCAUGUCUGUGACGGUAUACUGUGUGUAUUCCAUGUCUGUGACGGUAUACUGUGUGUAUUCCAUGUCUGUGAAGUGAUGAUAUUACCCAUUGCAGGACAGCGAGAUUCCGCUGUCCUAAAGUACAAUAUGUGCCUGGACUGCGUUAUAAAAGACUUUUAAACUCUUAUAUUGUUUUCUUUACACAGACGGGCAGAGGAGAUCCUGCAGGAUAAGCCCCUGGGGUGCUUCCUUAUACGUUUUUGUGAAAGCAGAGUUGGAUACGUUCUUUCCUACCGGUAAGGAUUACAUAGUUACAUAGCUGAAAAGAGACUUGCAUCCAUCAAGUUCAGCCUUCCUCAUAUAUGUUUUUGCGGUUGAUCCAAAAGAAGGCAAAAAACCCAGUCUGAAGCGCUUCCAAUUUUGCAACAAACUAGGGAAAAAAUCCUUCUUGACCCCAAAAUAGCAGUCAGGUUUAUCCUUGGAUCCAACAGCUAUUACCCCACUAAUUAGAAAUUAUAUCCCUGUAUGUUAUGUUUUUGCAAGUAUUUAUCCAGUUGCAGUUUAAACAUCUGUAUGGACUCUGAUAAAACCACCUCUUCAGGCAGAGAAUUCCAUAUCCUUAUUGUUCUUACUGUUAAAAAAACCUUUUCUUUGCCUUAGAGGAAAUCUCCUUUCUUCCAGACUAAAUGCGUGAUUUCAUGUCCUAUGUAUAGCUCUGUUUAUGAAUAGAUUUACUGAUAAUGGUUUGUACUGGCCCCAAAUAUAUUUGUAUAAAGUUAUCAUAUCCCCUCUCAGGCGCCGUUUUUCCAAACUAAAGAGAUUUACAUUUUUAACCUUUCUUCAUAACUAAAAUGCUCCAUUCCUUUUAUCAAUUUUGUAGCUCGUCUCUGCACUAUUUCUAGUGCCAUGAUAUCCUUCUUUAGAACUGGUGCCCAAAAUUGCACAGCAUAUUCAAGGUGUGGUCGUACCAGUGAUUUAUAAAGAGGCAAAAUUAUAUUUUCAUCCCGAGAAUUUAUGCCCCUAUUAAUACAUGACAAAACAUUACUGGCCUUAGCAACUGCAGACUGACAUUGCAUAUUGCUGCCUAAUUUGUUGUCUAUAACAAUUCCCAAAUCCUUCUCGUGUGUGGUUAUCCCUAAUUCACUACCAUUUAGGGUGUAAGUUGCUUGUGCAUUCUUAACCCCGAAGUGCAUAACUUUGCAUUUCUCUAUGUUAAAUUUCAUCUCCCAUUUUAGUGCCCAGUCCCCAAUCUAUCCAAAUCCCUCUGCAGCAAAGCAAUAUAUUGCUCACAUUUUAUUACUUUACAAAGUUUUGUGUCAUCUGCAAACAAUAAAACAUGGCUUUCAAUGCCUAUUUCAAGUUCGUUUAUAAAUAUGUUAAAAAGAAGUGGUCCCAAAACAGAACCCUGAGGGACACCACUUACCACUUUUGUCCAGCCUGAAAAUUUACCAUUAAUGACAAGUCGUCGUACUCUAUACUUAAGCAAAUGUUCUACCCAAGAACAAGAAUAUUCAUCUACACCAAUUUCUUUUAACCAUUUCCCCUUCUUUGUACCCAUCCAGUCUAGGGAUGGCGAGCGUUUUAGGUUUAUCUGAAUACAAGUUAAUCCUUCAUCCCGGGGGCUGCGGGGAGGUAACUUCCUAUUUAGUAAGACAUUUAUUGUCUGUGUGUAUAAAUAUAGUACUAGCUCUCAGAGUGUAGACAGGAUUGAUACCUCCAGUAACACACGUUGGAUUGGGCAGCCGUAAUCCAGUCCAUUGUCUUGUGCAAAGUGGUUUUAGUACUAAUGUAAAAUAAAUGUAUUUGGCAGAGGAAGUGAGCGCUGCCGCCAUUUUAUGUUGGACCAGCUGAAGGAUGAGAAGUAUGUGAUUGAGGGUGAGGACAGUACUCAUUCCCGCCUCGAAGACCUGCUGAACCAUUACCGCCUGCACCCAGUCAAGCCGUACAAAGAAUUGCUGACCGCAGCUUGUGUCAAGGUAGGAAUUAGUGUUUUAGGCUUGUUUUCUGCAUCCAGGCCCCCAUAUUGCCAACCUGCCCGUGUAAACCUCCCAGCGGCUGUACGUUAGCGGACCUCCAAGGUAACCGUAGCCUUUUCUGGUAAGCUCAGUGGUAACGUUAUCUGAAGAAACAUACAGGAAUAUCAUUCAGAUCGGCUAUUUAUGAAGCGCUGUAUAAGGUCUAUCUAUCUGCUGCCGUGCAUUUAGAACGUCAAAACAAUCUUUUCAGAAUGUGAGGUAUCAUCUGCAUCACAUUGAAAUGUCAGUAGAGUAAUGUUCUUCAUGUAACAUCUAUGGAUGGUCCCAAUAGGGUUGCUACAACGCCCAUCUAAAGACACAGUAUUACUGUAUGGGGUAUAUAAUGCACCCGAGCUGUUACCAAGGACACAGUAUUACUGUAAGGGGUAUAUAAUGCACCCAAGCUGUUACCAAGGACACAGUAUUACUGCAUGGGGUAUAUAAUGUGCCCGAGCUGUUACCAAGGACACAGUAUUACUGUAUGGGUUAUAUGAUGUUCCCAAGCUGUUACCAAGGACACAGUAUUACUGCAUGGGGUAUAUAAUGUGCCCGAGCUGUUACCAAGGACACAGUAUUACUGUAUGGGGUAUAUAAUGCACCCAAGCUGUUACCAAGGACACAGUAUUACUGCAUGGGGUAUAUAAUGUACCCAAGCUGUUACCAAGGACACAGUAUUACUGCAUGGGGUAUAUAAUGUACCCGAGCUGUUAUCAAUGACAGUAUUACUGUAUGGGGUAUAUAAUGUACCCAAGCUGUUACCAAGGACACAGUAUUACUGUAUGGGGUAUAUAAUGUACCCGAGCUGUUAUCAAUGACAGUAUUACUGUAUGGGGUAUAUAAUGUACCCGAGCUGUUACCAAGGACACAGUAUUACUGUAUGGGGUAUAUAAUGUACCCGAGCUGUUACCAAGGACACAGUAUUACUGCAUGGGGUAUAUAAUGCACCCAAGCUGUUACCAAGGACACAGUAUUACUGUAUGGGGUAUAUAAUGUACCCAAGCUGUUACCAAGGACACAGUAUUACUGUAUGGGGUAUAUAAUGUACCCGAGCUGUUACCAAGGACACAGUAUUACUGCAUGGGGUAUAUAAUGUACCCGAGCUGUUAUCAAUGACAGUAUUACUGUAUGGGGUAUAUAAUGUACCCAAGCUGUUACCAAGGACACAGUAUUACUGCAUGGGGUAUAUAAUGUACCCGAGCUGUUAUCAAUGACAGUAUUACUGUAUGGGGUAUAUGAUGUUCCCAAGCUGUUACCAAGGACACAGUAUUACUGUAUGGGGUAUAUAAUGUACCCGAGCUGUUACCAAGGACACAGUAUUACUGCAUGGGGUAUAUAAUGCACCCAAGCUGUUACCAAGUAUUACUGUAUGCGGUAUAUAAUGUAUAUACCGCAUACAGUAUUACUGUAUGGGUUAUAUAAUGUACCCGAGCUGUUACCAAGGACACAGUAUUACUGUAUGGGGUAUAUAAUGUACCCGAGCUGUUACCAAGGACACAGUAUUACUGUAUGGGUUAUAUAAUGUACCCAAGCUGUUACCAAGGACACAGUAUUACUGCAUGGGGUAUAUAAUGUACCCGAGCUAUUACCAAGGACACAGUAUUACUGCAUGGGGUAUAUAAUGUGCCUGAGCUGUUACCAAGGACACAGUAUUACUGUAUGGGGUAUAUAAUGUACCCGAGCUGUUACCAAGGACACAGUAUUACUGCAUGGGGUAUAUAAUGUGCCCGAGCUGUUACCAAGGACACAGUAUUACUGUAUGGGUUAUAUAAUGUACCCGAGCUGUUACCAAGGACACAGUAUUACUGUAUGGGGUAUAUAAUGUACCCGAGCUGUUACCAAGGACACAGUAUUACUGUAUGGGUUAUAUAAUGUACCCAAGCUGUUACCAAGGACACAGUAUUACUGCAUGGGGUAUAUAAUGUACCCGAGCUGUUACCAAGGACACAGUAUUACUGUAUGGGGUAUAUAAUGUACCCGAGCUAUUACCAAGGACACAGUAUUUCUGUACGGGGUAUAUAAUGCACCCGAGCUGUUACCAAGGACACAGUAUUACUGUAUGGGGUAUAUAAUGUACCCGAGCUGUUACCAAGGACACAGUAUUACUGCAUGGGGUAUAUAAUGUACCCGAGCUGUUACCAAGGACACAGUAUUACUGCAUGGGGUAUAUAAUGUACCCGAGCUGUUACCAAGGACACAGUAUUACUGCAUGGGGUAUAUAAUGCACCCAAGCUGUUACCAAGGACACAGUAUUACUGUAAGGGGUAUAUAAUGUACCUGAGCUGUUACCAAGGACACAGUAUUACUGUAUGGGUUAUAUAAUGUACCCAAGCUGUUACCAAGGACACAGUAUUACUGCAUGGGGUAUAUAAUGUACCCGAGCUGUUACCAAGGACACAGUAUUACUGUAUGGGGUAUAUAAUGCUGGUACCAAGGAGACAGUAUUACUGCAUGGGGUAUAUAAUGUUCCCGAGCUGUUAACAGCACUACAAUAACAAUGCAUGUACUCCAAUGUCAUUGCUCGGUCAUUAAAAGGGACUCUCCAGUGUCAGGAAAACAUAUCCGUUUUUCCUGGCACUGCAGGACACUGCAGUGCCCCUCUCCCUCCCACACCCCAUCCCAAGUUGAAGGGGUGAAAACCCUUUCAGUGACUUACCUGAAUCCAGCGCCGAUGUCCCUCUGCGCUGGGUCAGGCUCCACCCACGCUCCUCCCCCACCAGAGACCUUAUGCACAUGCGCGGCAAUGGAGCGCGCCCGCACAUUAGACCUCCCCAUAGGAUUUCGGCGACGCUGGAGGUCCUCAUGCAUAGCGGAAGAACGCGGAAGUCCCUCUAGUGGCGGUCUGAUAGAGAGCCACUAGAGGAGGACUUAACCCUGCAAGGUACACUCGCAGGGGGCAGGGUUAAGGAUGGUGGGAGUUGGCACCCAGACCACUCCAAUGGGCAGAAGUGGUCUGCGUGCCUGGAGUGUCCCUUUAAAUGUCUGUUUUAAAGUAAAUCAUAUUUAUUUAUAAAAUAUUUCAUCAGGAAACAUACAUUUGUAUCCAGUGUUUCCACUCUCGAUCUCCCAAUAGUCCAACACCCUUGACCUUCAUGACUCUGUGUUUAGUUAGCGAGGUCAUGCCACUUGCAGUCUACAGGAAAAGAUAGAGGCUUUCCCCACUCUGAUCUGCUGGGCCUAUUACAAUAUUUAUCAGAGGAACAGCUUGUUGGUAAAUGGCGAGAGACUCCUCCCAUUUUACCUGACUUAGAAAAAAUACAUAUGAAGGCAUGUACCUGAUCUAUCAUUCUAAUCUAUAUAUUGUAGCCAGUCACAACCCCCAUCUUUUGAUGAUCUGCAGAUACCAUCAUACUCUGAUUUGUGGUUUGUAGGAAGGACAAGCAGCCGUCAGACCAUCUCUCUCACCGAGUUUGAUCUCUCUUUAUGUAGACUCCAACAGCAAAGAAUUCAGAGGACAUGUUGCAAAACUCAAUUGAAGUGCCUAGGGGGGAUCACAAGUAUGACAAAGUCAUCAAGCCAUGCCCAAAUCCUACCGAGAAACAACCUCAGUCUCCCAAAGAAAGGAAGAACACUCCGCCAAAAGACAUGAUUAAGGUGAAAUACUUUGUAUACAAUAUUUACCAAUAUUUAGGAUUGUUUGUGAAAUACGGAACAUGUAGAGGUGGCAGAGCUCACUGGGUAGAUAUGGUGUGAGGAUACUGUGCACAUUCGCCAAAUUGAACAAUAAUUUUACAUUUGGGCCAUUCCAAUGUAAGAGAAGAAGGGGAAGAUUUCACUUCAACUUAUCCUGCAGAGACUGCUUCUGCAGCAUUAGUAUAAAUGCAUACCAGCUACAGUGAAUAUGUUCAGACAAAUCAUGGCCUCCAUUUUUAUCAACUGAUUGGAAAAUGGUAUAAGUUCAAAUAAUAUGUCUGAACAAAUUCAUAUACCAACAAUAGGUUAUCAAAGCAUGUAUGCAUUUAAAUUCUGCUACUAACCAAAAAAUGUUUUCUUGACUAGCACGACGUGCUUUAGUAACUAAAAAUCUAAUCAAAAGAAAUGUGGCUUUUUCCUGAAGGUACGUGUAUGAUUGGCCGAUAGCUGCUAGAUUUGAGUUAUUAACAGCACAAACUAUAAAUAAUUGCCUUGUUUACAUUUGUAGCCAGUAAAUUAUAACACAAUAGUGAAAUGGACCACCAAACAUUACUAAGCUCUGAGAAUAAGAGGUCCUUGAAUAAUCUUCUGAGAAGUAUUUUCUAAAUCUUUUAAUAUAUAUAUAUACAAAAAUUCACAGGUGGUCCAUAAAGCAAAAUAACCAAUUCUGAUCUUUUUCCAUUAGAUUGUCAAUGAUGGACCAAGCUUCCCUUCCAGUGUCCCUGAUGUAAGUGUGAAAGACCACAUAAAACCUGGACCUAAACAGCCCUCUGAUGACUACUCACCCAUUAUAAAGAAAUGUUCUGGGUCUCAUACCCAAACAAAGAAUGAAAAAAUAUUGCGUGAUAAAGAAUAUGGCAUGAUGGAGGAAUUCCAUACAUACUCUGAGCCAGCCAUAUGUACAACGCAGGACAAAGGAAAUGCUAUGGAGAGAGAACAUCCUAUUGCUUUUUAUGCCGUAGGGCGAGGGUCGUGCAAGGAAAGCAUGGAGAAUAUUUAUUCAGAGGUGGAUAACAACUGCAAAACAUCUUCUGGAUUCCAAACCAAGACACACAAACAAGCAGCAUCGGCCACUCUUCCUCACCCAACGAGCAGAGCACCCCCUAAUAAAAAGACAGCCUUCCAUUCCUCAUUUCGUGCGAACAAAUGUUUAGAUCCAUCGGCAGCGGGCCGCUCUAAAGCACAGGAAAUCGCAAGAAAAGCCUACUGCAAAUCCAAGGUAAAAGACGUUCGCACGUAACAUUUGUUACAUAAAUCUGAAUGGUUAGAACACACAAAAAAAAAAAACUAAACGCUUCUUUGUUAAAUUCUACACAUUUUUAUUUCAGUAAUAAUGUGUAAGGUUCCUUCAGAAAAACGGGUGAUUAAAAAGAGGAUUGGUUUACCCUGACAGUGCCUUUAUUGUCUAUUCCAAAUUAAAAUGUUUAAUUGUUUCCUUCCUAGGCAAAAAUGCAGUUAGAUGAUCCAUCAUACGGUAAUUACACACAAGACAACACACACACCAACACGAGAGAGCUGACAGAUCUGGAAAACAUCUAUGAAAGAAUUCCAGAAGAUCGCAUCUCCCGACCAAAGAAAAACCACCGGUCAACUAAAAUGCAGUGUGAUCAGUGA